AUGGGGAACUACAUCCGGGAAGAGGCUGCCAAAAAACGGCUCCUCCUGCCACCGCUCACCGACCAGGCUAGACCAGGUGCUGUGGCAGCAGCGGUGGCCUCAUUAGAAGACCCCGCGGACCGGAGAGACAGCGCCCAAAUCAUGGGCCCUGCGACAGAGCUGGACACCAGUUCAGGUGGGAAGCCGGCCCACCAGCAGAAGGCCAUGCCCGCAGCUCACCAGCAGAAGGCCAUGCCCACAGCUCACCUAACUUUCGUCAUCGACUGUGCUAGUGGAAAGCAGCUCUCCCUGGCAGCACCCCUUCAGAAGGCCGUGCCCGCAGCUCACCUAACUUUCGUCAUCGACUGUGCUAGUGGAAAGCAGCUCUCCCUGGCAGCACCCCUUGUGCCACCCCAAGCCCCCGGUCCUUACCUAGGACCUGUCACCCCUCCAAUGAAGACCUAUAUCUUGUUCUGCGGGGACAGCCAGCCCCCUCUGACUCAGGAGGCCAUCCUGGGUGGGGGGCACAUUGCCCAGGCCAGGGGCACCCUGCCACCCUGCAGUGGGACUGUGGCCCCAGCUUCCUCCUCACUCAGCCCACUAUGCCCCCAGGGGGCCCCUGAAGCUAAGGGGAGCCCCUUAAAGACAAUGCCUACAAGGUAUUUGGCUUGGGAAACAGUCAUGGGCUUGCUCAAAGCUUUCUCCUCCUGUGUCUGUGGGCAGGCAGAUUAACUGGAACAGCCUGACCAUGGCAGGAGGGGGUUGGCCCAUCAGUAGAUGAG